AUGCACCGCUCUGCCUUCGCCUGCCUCGCUUUCAUCACCAUUCUCACCUUGGCAAAAAGCCUCCCAAACGGAGUGCAUCUCCCUCUCCAUCUUGGAUCCAGGGCGCGCUGGAAGAGGGACGGGGGAAGCAGUGAGGCAGGCCUUGGUGACGCCUCCGACGUAACAUACAACGUUCUCGUCCGCGUGGGCCAAACCCUCACACCUUUGAUUCUGGAUACGGGCUCUGCGGACUUGUGGCUCGUUUCGGACGGGUGUCGGGAGCUUUGCGCUCAUACUGACCUCCCUCUCUAUCCUCAAGCCGCCUUGUCUCCCAUCGGUCAGAGCGUCCACCUCCUCUACGGGGAUUCGCACACCAGCACGCAUGCCUUCGGUCCCAUCGGCACAGACACGGUCGGCAUCGCGGAGCUCUCCGUCCCGCGCCAGUACCUCGCCGCCAUCACGGACACCAACACUUCUGUACUCGACACUGGCUCUGCCGGGAUCCUCGGGCUAGGAUUUGCUCCCAUCAGUCUCAUCUGGCGACAGCUCAUGGCUGACAAGGGAUCGUCUCUCCCUCUUGCGCUUCCCGGACGAGUGGCCGACGCGGUGGACACAGCAGGGCUCAACCUUCGUACGCACACUUUUCCGUCCUUUUCUUCUCUCGCGCGUCCCUCUCCGUACAAGAAACGGCAAAAUCCGCGCUACCUCAUGUCCUGGGAUACCGACUCCAUCACAACCUAUGGUCCUCUGCUCACAAGGCUGGCUACGCUGGGCGUGCUUUCACGUCCUCUGGUGGCAACCACUCUCCAGCGAGAUACAGUCUCUCUCGGCGACCAUGCUGGCACUCUGUCUCUCGGGGCCUUACCAGACGGAAUCUCGGAAGACGAUCUCACUUGGGUUCCGGUGCGAGGCUACAGGGCGAGUCAGGGUGGCUUGCCGCCGUCCCCCCAGGCUCCCUAUGAAAUCUACCCUCUGGUUUGGGAGGUCCCUUUAGACGACGUGUUCUUUGAUGGUAUCAGACUACCCCGUUCUUCUCUCUCUCCCCCUUCCAUUUCUCUCUCCGCUCUUGUCGAUACUGGAAACUCCCUCAUCCGUGGCCCGCGCGAUGUCUUAACACACAUCGCGGCCCGCCUCGGCGACACCUUCGACUGCGCGAUCCCGCACAACCUUUCGUUCCUCAUCGGCGGCGUCCUCUUCCCGGUUGAUCCGCGCGAUUUCGCGCGUCCGGAGUCGCUCAUCAACGACAUCGUCGGCCUCAACUUCGGCCCGGCGCGCGCGCAGCGCUGCACCCCCGCCCUCGCCGUCACGGACCCCCCUGGGGACGGCGGGUUCCUGUACAGCUGGAGCCUCGGGGUGCCGUUCUUGAAGUCCACGCUCGCCGCGUUCUACUACGGCAAUUCGACGCACCCGACCCGCGAUCCCCCGCGCGUCGGCUUCUUGUCCACCGUCCCGUCGGACGCCGGCGAGUCUUUGGCCGACGCGGUCGCCUCCGCCGCCCUCCACGGGGGCCUGUUUCCAGAGAAAUCGGACCUGGCGAUCUUCGACCUCGCCACGGGCAUUGGCCCGAUCGCGACCCAAGGCUUGCUGGGGGUGUUCUAG